CGGUGACGCGGAGCUGCAGAACCAACCGCCAGCAGACAGGAAGUUGGCUCGGUUGCUAACAGCCGGCUAACUUGCUAAAAAAGUAAACAAGUCUGCGGAGUGAGAUGAAAUACAACCGCGAGACGAAGUAGCUUUUCAACUAUGAAGGAAGACAAGGAAAACGCUCGGCCAAAGGACAGAAAAUUGGAAAUAAAGUGUGAAGAUGGAGAAAAGAUAGAGAAGUCCAAGGAAAAGAAAGAGGCCAUGACAAAGAUCGUGAUCAGGCGAUUACCACCAAGUCUGACCAAGGAGGAGCUGGAGGAGCAGUUACAACCUCUCCCAGAGGUGGAUUACCUGGAGUUUUUCUCCAAUGACACCAGCCUUUACCCUCACCUCUUCGCAAGGGCUUACAUAAACUUCAAAAACCAGGAGGAUAUAGUUCUCUUCAGAGAUCGAUUUGAUGGAUAUGUGUUCAUUGACAGCAGAGGACAAGAGUAUCCUGCCAUUGUGGAGUUUGCACCUUUUCAAAAGACUGCAAAGAAAAGAAGUAAGAAAAAGGACGCAAAGUGUGGAACAAUUGCUGAAGAUCCUGAUUACAAGAAGUUUCUUGAAUUUUACAAUGGUGACGAUGACAAGUUGGCAUCAACACCUGAGACCCUGUUGGAAGAGAUUGAAGCGAAGUCAAAGGAACUUGUUGCUAAAAAAACGACUCCUCUGCUGGACUUCCUGAAGAACAAACAGAGAAUCAGGGAAGAAAAGAAAGAGGAGAGAAGAAGGAGGGAGCUUGAACGCAAGCGUCUGCGUGAUGAGGAGCGACGUAAGUGGAGGGAGGAGGAGCGAAGGAAGCGUAAAGAGGCCGAGAAGAAGAGGCCUGAUAAACAGCUGGAUAAAGACAAGGACCAAGCUAAAGAAGAACCAAAGAUUAAGCUACUGAAGAAGCCCGACAGAGAUGAUGCUGAUUCAGAGAAGCCGAAGGAAAAGACCAAGAAACCAGAGCGGUCAAAUAAAGAGGACAGAUCCAUGGGGAGCGCUGAUCAUAAGAGGCGUCAGCACAUUGAAAACAAGGAGGACAGAGGAAGGAAAGGUGACGAAGAUGGAAGGAAGGAGUUCAGGGAGCGUGACCCAGAUCGAGACAGAGAGCGGGAUCGAGAGCGGGAGAAGGAGCGGCGGCAGAAAGAGAAGGAGCGCAUCAGACGUCAGGACGAAGACCGGCGGAGAAGGAGAGAACGGCAGGAUGGAGAGAACUCGUGCAGGAAGAGGGAGGAUGAGGGGAAAAAAGAUAAAGAGCGUGCCUCUGAGAAGAAAAAGGGUGACAACACUGGAGACUCCGGUCACUCUGAGAGGCCGGAGAGGCCCAUCAAAGACCACAAGAAGGACGAGAGUUCUAAAAGAGAGCGACUUCGAAAUAAGGACCGUCCUGCGAUUCAGCUGUACCAGCCAGGCGCCAGGAGCCGCAAUCGGGGGGGAGGAGGAGAAAGAGGAGAGAGAGGAGAGAGAGGAGGAGAAUCCAACUCUGCUGACAGGAAGCCGGAUGCUGAGAGCGAGAAAGUGGCUGAGAAAGGAAACGACUGAGCUGAUUUCUACUUGUGGCAUUUUUAAGUUUGACAGUGACUGAGGAGAAAUAGCCAUUUCUGACUAGACUGCCAUGUGUCAGCCACGCCUGCAUGCAGACUUCAAUCAGAGGGAUCAACCUGUGGCCUUUCCCCCCUUUUUUUCUAAUCCUAAACUCCCUGUAAACAUUAAUGUGUGAUGCACUUAACUGAAUGCAGCAUGAGAACACGUCACUGCAGAUGAUGUGAACCUACAGUAGCCAUGUUUGAAAGGAAAUAAAAGAGGUCUUUGCUUAAGUG